AACUAUUUAGUAGCAGCCUCUCUAUAAUAUCGAAGAAAAAAUUCUUGUAGUGCUUAAAGAAAUAUGUAAAAUUUAAUCAAAUAUUGCUAAUAAAUUAUUAAAAAAGUGCUUAUAAUAACUAUUAAAUAUAAUUAACAUGGAUUUUCCCCAACAAAUCGAAGAAUCAACCCUAUUCUAAUACUUUUAACAUUUAUUCUUUAAGGAUAAUCAUCAUUAUUUAGCACUACAAAAACACCAAACAAUAAUCGGCUAAAAAUACUCAAAAUUAAAAAAAAAAAUACAAAAGAAACUGAACAAAAAACCAAAAACCCACAUUUUCCCACAUCCUUAGAAAAAAGUUUUUGUAUAGAAAUUAAAACCUUUGUAAAUACAUAAUACAACUACUUUCAAUACACAGAGACACUAGUGGAGAGACCACCAACGGCCUAUGAUGUCGUAAUGGAGUCACCGCUUUGUGCGGCCAACCAUACGGAACGUAUGACAACAACGGCUGCUCUAAAUAACAAAACUAACAUUGAUACGAAUAACUGCAGUAAUCUUAAUUACGUGGACAAAAUGUCUACCAGCAUGAAUAGUACUUUGGAAGAUACGACACCCAGUGAUUCGGGGGUACAAAUGUUAGAUUCCGAAUCCAGUGAAUUAAUGGCGGAAUCUAUAACCUCCCUGGAGUUUGAGGAUGCUAAAGUAGCGGCUCCCGGCAAAUUGGAAAAGAAUAAGGAACCCUUGAUAGUGACCCCAGCAGAGGAGACCACUGUUAUGGACUCCAAUUCGAAUAUUACCACAGUGUCGGCGGUGCCCUCAACAGUGGUGGAGGAGGCCAUGACCACUAGUCAACUGUCCACCUUUGAUACUACCGAGAAUAUAGUGUUUCGCCGUAAAGUGCGCAAAAGUCCCGGUGUAGCUAAGGCUCCCAAGAAACGGGUUUCAUUCCAUGAAGAUAUUUUGAAAAAUACUCGCACCGACAACAUACACAUAGAGCAUGGUUUUAUCACGUACAAGGCGGGCGGAGUACGUAGAAUGGCACCGCUAGUGGGUCAGGCGGGACGCUACUCCUGGUGCUCGGAGGGUGAUAAACAACAUCCCACGGCGAUUUCUCAACAACAAGAAGCGGAAGAUGGCAAUGGUGAGGGUGGAGAUGCUACCAAAAAUCGUCGACGUGUGGUUUAUCGUAAUGCCUGUUCGGAUGUCUUGGACUAUGGCAAUUCGGAUGUGUAUGACAUGAAUGAUAGCGCUGCUCUGCAAUACGACAACUCUGGGGUAUUUGAGUAUAUGCCCAAAGAAUUAAAUGAAGAUAAAACGGGCAAAUGUGAAGAUAAACAGGAAAACAAGCCAGAAUUGUAUAAAUGCUCUUGUUCCAGCUCGAAUUCUAGUUUAGAUUCCGAUGAAAAUGAUAAAAAUUCCAAUAGCCAGCAGCAGCAACAGUAUGGCCAGGCUAAAAGCAGCUCUUGUGAUUGCAUUGGAGCGGCCAAUAAUGCCAAUAAUAAUUUCAUAGGUGAAAAUUGCUAUUACUCUGAACCCAAUAUAGACAUGAAUACAAGUCCUCCCCGGCAAAAAUCGGUAUGGAACAAAGAAAAGAAACCCAAGUCCAGCUGCUUGAAGAAAUCCAAAUGCCAAACGAAUAUUAUACACGAACAAGAUCUAACAGCCAAAAUGAAGAAAUUUAAUGUACACGACAUGAAUCAAUUGCUGGAUAAUAGCAGUAAAAUGAUUUUCGGUUCCUUGAAAAGUAUAUUCACUAUGCCGCUACCCGAACGAGGAGUGCCCGAAGGUUCUGAAGACCUCCAGUCGGUUAUAGAAUGUGUAGCCGAAUUGGAGCAGACACCCGAACACAAAGCCAAAGACGCAGAGAACCAAGAUUCGCAACUCUCAGAAUCACCACCUCUCAAACAGAAACCUUUUCUUAGCAAAAGUCUAGAUGGAUCCAAGCAACAGCAGCCCGUUAAAAAAUUUGUGCACAACGUCGACGAGCAAUUGAGGCGCAAUAAAGAUGAAGAUAUCUAUGCACCCACAAGACAAAACAGUGAUGAAAAUAAAAAAGAAUCACAGAUAACAUCGACUAACGCUACACCAACACCACAACUGCAAAGACAACAUGAGUUCGAUGCCACCGAACUUGAUAACAGUUCUUCAUCAUCGUUGGCGACCUCUGCUGCCAAUUCUGCGGCAACCUCUGCUUGUGAGACCUCAGAGCGCACACCAUUUCGCAAUAAAUUCAUUAUCAACUGUGAGAGCACCGUCUUUGAACAUACCGGCGUUUCAUAUUGCUAUGAAUCAUCUUCAUUUAAUGAUCUCACCAACAUGGAAGAUUCUCAUGGCAGUAUUGCUAGUCUAAUUGAAAAUGAUACACCCAUUGCUCAACCAGAACCAGAUCAAUUGCGUUCGGCUUUUAUAUCGGCUCCCAUAGCAAAGACAUUUUCAAAUUUCUUUCGCAGUUUCAAAGACGCCGGCAAAGAGAAACAACAACAAACCUUACCUAAGAAACUGGCAACUAAAAGUCGGGCUCAAGAGGAGGCUAAACAGCUGCAACAGGCUACAGAAAAUUAUUUUGCUCUUAAAAUGCCCAAAAAACCCAACAACAACAUCCCCACACCCUUAGCAAAUAGUACUCCAACAAAACUCUCUAAAUUCCCAACCACAACAUCAUCCUCCACCAUAUCUGAACUAACGACUAAUACAAAUACUUCCAAUUCUAAUACACAAGCGAUGCUACAACAUCAAAAGUCAAAUACUUCCCUAACCAGUGGCAUAGCCAGCGGCAGUGGUGGCUCCUCCUCCACUGCAACAGCACAAAGAGAUAGUCUGGCUAUUGGUGCCGAUUAUCGCACGAAUCUGGAUAAACAAUCACGUCAUUUGCCAUCACCGCUCAAGAAACGUUUAAGUGGCACCACCGGCUCGAAUCUCAUACAGCAACAGCAGCAGCCACAACGUUACGGCUGCAGUAUGCCGCCUCAAACCGACUACUCUGCUCUGAGUCCUGAUAUCUACAAUAAUUAUAUGGGUGCACGGGGUGGGUGUGGUCGUGAUUCUAAGAGUACUAUUUUAAGUGAAGAAUUCGAUGAUAUUCUGACCAUAACCACUGAUACGGAACGCAAUGAAAGUGAUAUUGUUAUUGUGGACUAUCACGAUGUCAGUGACCGCCAGAGUGUGGUGGCUGACUAUAAUAAUCUCUUAAAACCACCAUCACAACCACCAGCCAAGACAUCGCUUAUCAAUCGCUUCUUGCGCAACGUCACACAAAAGAAAAUACUCGAAACCUCAAUACGACGCAACAACUUCUUUGCACACAAAUUGAAAAACGAACAGAAACUCCUGACGGGCCAUCUGUAUGUGAAGGGAGCCAAGCCCCGUAAUUUGGAAUUAAUCGAUGAUUUGAAUGCGGAAAUUGCCAUGGAAAUCGAGAUGUCUGGCGUUAAUUCUCCACGCAAAGAAUUGACUAGCUUAGAUGCCGAUCUGCCAGGUGAUUUGUCACGUUUCGAAUUGGGUAUUGGUGAGAUAUCGAUUGAUGUCUUUGCGGGCGUUCAAUUGCACAUUCUCCGCGAUGAGAGCGAACAAUUGAUGAAGGUGUUUAAAUUGUACACGGGCUACAGCAAUGAGGGUUACAUGACUCCCGUAUUGGUAUUGUUGACCGAUAAGACGUUGUAUGUUACCGAUUUGGUAAGAAAUCGUUUAUGCUCAAAAUUCGUCUUGGCCUACAAGGAUUUGGAUGUUAUAUUGAUGGGUCCUUAUGGCAACACGGUGUUACUUUCGAAUAACAACAGGGAUAUGCAGCAGGUGCUUUUGGCUGGCGGUCCUUAUCCUGCUGCUGGUUUAGUGGCUAAUCUGGAGUUGUGUGCCAGGCGCAGUGGUUCCAUUUUGCCAGCAGUGGGUCAGCUAACACUCGAUCAUUUGACUCCUUUGCAACGUUUUGUAAGAGAAAAUUCGUGUGUGGGCAAAUCUGAUACCUGGAUGUAUUAUGCCGUGGUUAAUGUGCCCGGUUCAGCCAUAAAUGAUCCAGGUGAUCAAGAGCCUUUAGGGCCGCAUGCCAAAGGUUUCCUAAUGCAUCGACGCAUUAAAGAGCACAUGGGUAAUUCAAAACAAUACUCGUGGAAUCCAGGAUAUUUUCUGUUAAAAGCUGGAGUUUUAUACAUGUUUAAUGAUUCUACACAAAAGAUACCCAGUUGGGCCAUGGCUUUGGCCGAAUGCCAGGGAGCUAGAAGAGCGGUGAAGGCCCAAAGGCCACAUUGUUUUGAAAUUAUGCUGAAGAAUAAAAUGCUAUUGCAGCUGGCUGCUCCCGAUGAGUAUGUAGCUUCCGAAUGGUUGCAAGCUUUGUUACAAUCAGCCAGUGGGCUCUUUGAAAUGCAAGAAAAACACAAAACCUUGGGCUGUACUUUGGUGGUAACACAGAAUCAUUUAAUAACUCUUAGAGAAGAUUUUCUCUCACCCUUGAGAAAAAUCACCGAAAAGGAACAGCAAACCCAAGAUGAAGAAAAUGCUGGCUCCGUAUUAAAUAAACAGGAAGAAGACUUAAAUCCUUAUCUUCAAGAUACAGGCAGCUUGUUAAGUUCCGCCAUGAGCACUCCCACACGUAACACACAACGUUCAUCGUCAUCGGUUAAUUCGACACCAACCAAACUCUCACAACUAUCACGUUCUACCACCACAUGUAAUACCACCUUAGCUACAUCCUCGAUAGCUAGCAAUGCUACACAAUCCUCUAUCUCCACCACCACCAAUUCGAAACGUACUCAACCCACAAACAACUCCACCAAUAAUCCCAAUGAUCUUCAACUGCAGCAUCAGCAGCAGCAGAACACACAAUCACACCAGCUGUCAACGGCAUCACCAGCACCACCACCUUCGUCGUCUGGUCACUCGACCAUGAGCAGCGUGUAUGGCAAAAAUUCCGGUCUGGAGAUCUUAACUUGUGCUGAUAUUAAGGAGAUGACAGGCAUUAAGAUUCCCUCUCUUAAUGAAACAUGGUGGUGUAUUUUGGAAUUCUCUUGUCAGGAGGUACGCGAGUGUUCCGAUGAUUUGGUGAUAUUUUUUGCCAGCAGCACUGAAAUGCAACGAUUUUUAAGAUUGUUGGAGAAACUAUGGCAGGCUAAAAAUAACGAUCUAUUUCCUAUAACUGUUCUGGACGAAGAUGACAUUAUUGCUGAGCAGUGUACUAUGUUAUAUAUGGAUAUUAAUCGUUCAUGGGAACCUCUACUAUCGGCUGCUUUAGGCUAUCCCCUCUAAAUUAGCUUGUUAAAUAAAUUAAAAGAAAAUCUACAACAAAACAUUUAUUAACAAGCAAAUAUUUUUGCAAUAUUGAAAAAACAAUACAACAAGAAUAACUCAAAUACUACAACUUAAAAAAAAAACAAACAAAUAUUUAUACCAGCAAACAAAAAUAUAUUCAAAAAUGCUUGACAAAUAUUUUACUCUAAAAACUCGUAAACAAACUUCUUGAAAUACAACAAAAAUUAUAAAUUAUACUUGAACACGGUAAGAAAGAAGUAGAAGAAAAUAUGAAUAUUUGGCAAAAGCAAACAAGCAUCAGGAUUUAAAAAAUUAUACAUAAAUACUUACAUACAUACAUAUUCUAAAGGAAAUUAUUUAAAUCAAAAUACUAAAAAAGUUUAAAUUUCAUAAAGAAAAUUAUUAUAAAUUUUUCUUAAGUUAAAUUAAGGUUCUAUUGUAAAGCUAUUUUUGUUUUCUCUUUAAAAGUUUCUACAAAUGGUGAUUUAAACUUUGUUUUUUCUAUAUACUAUUUAUAUUUAAUUUUGAUAAUUUAAAAAUGUGAUAUUUUUUUCAAUUAUUUUGAAUUUUAUUAUAUUUUAUAAAUGUUAUUUUUAUUUUAUUUUUUUUUUGUAAUUUUUAUUAAAUAUCAAUUUUAAUUUAAGUUUUUGUUAGGGUAGUGUAUAUAAAUGAAAUGAAAUUGUAGUUAAAUGUGGAAGCUAAAGAAUUUUAAAUAUUUUUUUAUUUAUAUUUUUAUUUUAAACAUCUCAACAUUCUCAUAAAUGUCUGGUACAUAUUAUUUUAUGUCAGGGUAUUCCAUUUUUUUCUUAAAAAAAACGCAAGAUUUCAGAAUAAAAUUCUGUUUUUCACACCUCAUUUUUUUAUAAAAUAAAAAUCAAGCACAAAUAAAGGUUUUUCUUUGAAAUUUAUAAUAGUUUGCCAAAUUUGUUUUAAAGUUUAUAAUAUUAAGUUUAAAAUUAAAGUAAUUAUGGUUUAAUAAAUUGAAAUAAAACUUAAGUUUUCCCUUUCCUUAAAAGCAAUUGUUAAUAUUGAACAAACCUACAAAUUUAUAUUAUUUAGUUUAGAUUUUAAUUUGCUUUAAAAAAUGCUUUAUAUAAUUAUAAAUUAUUUCAAAAAUAUUAAAAUUUAAUUAAAAAAAACUUGCCUUAUUGUGUUAUUUAUUUGUGUUAAAUACAAAUUUCUAAUUAAGGUUUAAUAA